CUCCUGGCGGUCGCCGACGAAGACGGGUAUGUUGGCCUCUACGACACCCGCCGGCGCCUUCCUUCCACCUCCUCGUCACUAGAGAAGUCAGCUGAAACAAGGGUGCCCGACUGGGUUGCUCACAACAAUGCAAUAUUUGACGUGUGCUGGAUCAAGGAGGGAUCCCAGAUACUGACUGCAUCGGGCGAUCAAACUGUCAAAAUUUGGAGUGUAGGAAACAGGAAAUGCAUUGGUGUCUUGUCUGGGCAUACUGGGAGCGUGAAGUCGCUGUCUUGCCAUUCUUCAAAUCCUGAGCUCAUUGUUUCCGGUUCAAGGGAUGGUUCAUUUGCUCUCUGGGAUUUAAGAUGUGACCCUAAAUCUCCAAACAGCCACGGUGAAACGUGCCUCACCGACAAUACAAAUUCAAUGAACAAAGUUGUGCUACAUGUUAGAUCUUCUGCUGUUGUCAGAGAAGCCCACAGUCCCAUACAGAGAAACCGAACCCGGUCUCGAGCAAAGGCGGCUUCAACUAGCAUCACAUCAGUUCUUUAUCUGAAAGAUGGUGUCUCCAUUGCUACUUCUGGAGCAGCAGACAAUGUUGUGAAGAUAUGGGAUACACGGAACCUGGAAGUGCCGGUCUCCAACAAAAACUCUCAAGCAGGGGCCCUGCCUUUGGAGGGGGUGAAACAUGGCAUCUCUUGUCUGUCUCAAGAUUCGUACGGUGCGUACAUUGCUGCGUCUUGUAUGGAUAACAGAAUCUAUUUGUACAGUGUUCUCCAUGUGAACAAGGGUCCCAUAAAUGUUUACACUGGCAGCAAAAUAGAGUUUUUUUUCGUCAAGUCUGCUAUCAGUCCUGAUGGAACUCACAUCCUUGGCGGAUCAAGUGAUGGAAAUGUAUACCUGUGGCAGGUGGAUCAGCCUGAAAGUGUAACUGCAGUUUUGAAAGGCCAUGAAGGUGAAGCAACUUCGGUUGACUGGUGUGCAUCAGAGGUUGGAAAGAUAGCGACAUCUUCUGAUGAUUCCACGGUCCGUGUGUGGAGCACCAAGAAAAUGGACUGCACAAAUGUGAGCUCACCAACAGUGAUUCGUAAGCGGGCAAUCGCACCAAACACCGAGCACCGAAGGUCCAUUACCCAUGAGCCUGCUGCUACAACAUCAAGAGGCGCGGUUGCAUGCGCUCGCGGUGACGGCGAACAGCAGAGCGGCUGCCACUCUCCCCUCCAACCUAGAGGCUAGAGCACUGGACUUCGGCACUCCCGAAUCCUCGAAGAAGAGAGAGAGGGCCUUGGCGUUGUUCCAGGAGGAGGCCCUCGGUGCCAGGAAAAGCCCGGACCCGGAAGCUCAGAUGACCAGCCCAUCUUCUGUUCUGAGCCCACCGCCGUCGUUGAAACGGAGAACGAUUCGGGACUACUUCGCUGCCAGUACCGUGUCUUGAAUCCUGGCAAACAGUGGCCUGACCCAUGAGGAGCUGAGGACUUGUGGUCAAACACCUGCACAUUUUGGGGAAAUUCUUCUGUAGGUCUUAGUGCUUUAGGGUCUUGAAUCCUGACAUUUUGGUCAAGCUCGUUAUUAAUCCUAUGAAAAUACCGUUGUACAUAAUAAUUUAGUAUUAAAGAUCACCCUACUUUUCCCC